CCAUGUCGGCCAUGUCUGCGGGCGGCGGAGCGCAGCGGGACGCGGGGGCCGCGGGCGGGCGCCGCAGCAAGUGGGACCAGCCCGGCCCCGCUCCCACCUUCCUGCUGCCCGGCACGGCGCCGUUGCCCGGGCGGCCGUUCGCCGGCGGGGGCGGCGAUGGCGGCGCCGCCGUGGCCGGUUCCGAGGGCUCCGCGGCGCCCUCGGGAGCGCUGGAUGCGGCCGCGGCCGUGGCGGCGAAGAUCAACGCCAUGCUGAUGGCCAAGGGGAAGCUGAAGCCGGCGCCCAGCACGGCCGACAAGCUCUGGUGACACCCUGUGCUGAGGGAACCACUUAACCAGGGAAUCAACCUGCAUUUGGGAUUGGCAGUUUUGUUGCACAUUGGUUUUAUUAUUUAAUACAGUAACAAAUAUAUCAUUAGAACAUGCUAUGGUUUUAUUGCACACGUUGCUGUCGGUAGGAAGUGCUCAGUGGUGGCAUUUCCCAGAGUGAUUAAACUCUGGUGACACUUCAGGUUGGGAGGGGGUGGAAAUUAAGGAGCUGCAGAUUAACGAAUGUACUUUUUUUAAUAAAAAAGUGGAAGGAGUGGAGCAAUUUAAUGUCUGUACAGUUUAAUGGCUG